GCGCCAUCUGGAUUAAGUGCGUGACGAAUUGUGCGUUCUGCAAAAACAAAAUGGCGGACGCAAUGACAUAGCGUCGGCCUUUUGCACUCUUUACGGCGCGGGACUGUCUCUCCGGUUUAAAUAAAGAUGAAGCUGAUCAUACUAGCUCUGUUUGCCUCUUUCUGGAUAUGCAAUGGUAUGAUUGAGCAUAUUCCACUACCCGGUGGCCUGGUAGAUUGUUUUUCCCGAUACUCCGAGAAGACAAAUGUCGUGGACACCGUGGGAGAGUCGAUUGCUUCUUUUUGUUUUGGACAAUACAUGUGGCAAGCUUCCAGAGAGCUGGGACUUCCAGGAUUUAACAUAACUCGGGAGGCUUACAACUGGGCACAGAGCCUACUACCAAAACCGAUAUCACACCGACAUACUCGCCAGGCUAUUUCCCCUAACCUUAGAAUUAGGAAAGAGUACAGGAGACUAACUGACUUUGAACGAGCAAAUUUUCAUAGAGCCGUACAACUGCUGAAGGCUGAUACGUCAGUGGCUCCUACCAUGUACGAUGCCCUGUCUUCCAUACAUCAGGGUAUGAUAACUACAUCAGCUCACGGUGGGCCAAACUUCCUAGGAUUUCAUAGGGUAUAUCUCAUCAUGUUUGAGAAUGCUCUACGGACUAAAGUUCCUUCUGUGACUGUGCCUUACUGGGACUCGACUUUGGACGAACCUCUAAUUAAUCCUACCCAGUCAAUACUGUUUACAGACUCGUUCCUAGGAAACGGAUUUGGUAUGGUGAACAGAGGGCCAUUUGCUGGUUGGACAACCUUGUCUGGGCCUCUUAUCAGAAAUAUAGGCCAAGCAGGAUCACUUUUCAAUGCAGAUGCUAUGGCACGAAUUGUAUCGAGUAUAAGACUCGCCCAAAUCACAGAGCCCAACGCUCCUGUUAAUUCAAGUUUAGAAUUCUUGCACAAUCAAGUUCAUUUGUGGGUUGACGGUCAGAUGGGUUCUCUGGACACUGCAGCCCACGACCCGAUAUUUUGGCUUCACCAUUCGUACGUUGAUUAUAUCUUUGAGCUGUUCAGACAAAACCAGCGACGAUUUGGAAUAGAUCCAACCACUGACUACCCGGUUUUUGUAAAUAACUCAAUGCAUAUGGCAAUGUACCCUAUGGGGUUGGCUGGGUUGAGAAACAUUGAUGGAUUCAACGACAGAUUCACAAGUAUGAUUUACCAGUACGAACCAUCUCCUAGAUGCUCCCUUAGAUUUCCCGACUGCGGUUCGCCUUAUCUCAGAUGUGUCGUAAAUGGUUUUCAACCAAGAUGUGUCUCCGUGGAUUGGUCGGGAGCUUCCCGUGUUUCAGUCAUACGACAACAGUUUGUUAACAACGCCGUGCAAGGACAGCGGAUGCAAGCCGCGGUUAGACUGAACAUGCUGAAUACAGCACGUAGACAACAGGCGCAGGUGACGAUUCAAAACCAGAUGAGGAUGAGUCAGCAACAGAGGAUAUUGGCGAACAUGCAGCGACAACAAAUACAGCUCAAAGAAGUUGAAAACGCUGGUUUGGAUGAUCCGUCGGAGCCAUCACAAAUGCAGCGCCGCUCCGUACACCGUCGGAUGAAACGUUCUUUCAAAAGAAGAGGCUUCACUUACUUACCUUAUGAUCCCAGGGGCAGUUCGUUUGUCAACAGCAAAUUAAAUAUCAAUUCAAAUAUUCAACUUAAGAUGUUACCUCCGAUGAACCCUAAUGUUCCAAGAAACAUUCAAAACGCCAGUGAAGGUACAUUUAUGCCUCCAUCGAUGCCAUCAGACAUGUGUCCCGCAAUACCAGUGACACAAGGUUAUCAGAAUACUUUCAACAUAAAUGGAAGGAGUGACAUAAACCAAUGGGUGUAUAUACCAGUUAAGGUAAUCUAUCAGAGACCUCCUACUUACAACAACUACGCUUCGUAUCCUAUAGUCAAUGGAGAAAUGGAGGCCGAAGACAUUUAUUUUCCUAACACAGCAAUGAAAAAUGUAAUGCCAACGGGAAAACCCGCAUCUUACCCUCAUUGUCAAGCGCAGGAAAGCGGCGCUGGAAAAGUUUUUAUCAGCUCACAAGGUAUUAACUACAUGGGAACGUAUAAAGAAUAUGCCGUCGUAGACCAUAGACUUGCUAUUUCUAUAGCUACAGCAUACGUUGCAGUAAAAUCGCCUAAACUCGGAGCGUCUCAAGUAUUCUUGAACGCCUACGAUUCAUGCGGAAGAAUAUGUCAACCAUUCUGUAAACUUGCUGGGGUAGCAGGGUUCCAAAGAUGUUCUGGAGCAUUUAGGGUAACCUCGGGUUUUCCAAAACAUUACGGAACAAAUUAUGGCGAUGCUGUUACCCAUCUUUGGCAGUUUAGCAAAGUUGAUAGCUGUCCUAUAAUGCAGGACAACAACAUAUAUAUUCAGUUCCAUUGCAAUUUUAAGGAAUCAUGGCCAUUUGGCAUGCGGCCGGCUGCCUCUGGACAAGGUGGUAAUGCAGCUGCUCUAGAUGAAAUAGAAGAGCCAGAACUAUCUGGAGGACAAGCAAAUGCUCCUCCAACAGCAUGUCGUGUUGGAAAUGGAUGUAUUAUUUCAAAUGGAUGUAACAAUUGCGUACAUGGAACAACGUAUCCGUGCAUCGGCGCAUGCGAUAUGUAUUCUUCCUGUCAGAACGGCUUCCACCAUGUUCAGAGAUGUCCAGAUAAUACUAUUUUCAAUCAAGAUGAAGGUCAAUGUCUGGCAGGUGCUUGCCCAAAUAAUUCAAAUGCUUGGUGGCAUAAAACAAUUGAUUGGAAAUGAAAAUAAAGUUUCAAAAACUGAA